CUGGACCUCACCCAUCCCUACUUCGUGUCGAUCAAGGGGAUCAUCUUCGAAGAGGAUGAGAAGCUCAUCAUCAACCCCUCCGAGGAGGAGAUCCGACGCACCUUCGGCGAUGCCUCGCACCUGAUGAUCCCGUUUCAGACCGUCUCGCUGAUCGAGGAGUUCGCAGCGGACUCAGGCUCUCGCAUCCGCCCCUUCACGCUGGUGGAAGAAUCCUCCGAAGAAAUCGACGAACAAUCGGACGAGGGCGGCGGCGAGCAGACCCUGUAG